UGGCACCUGUGCUCCGAACUCGAGCGCUCCGAUUGGACUUAGGGCCUGCUUGUCUGCGUGCUGCGAAGUCCGCGGCCGCCCCCGGGGGCCCUCGACGUCGGGUUCCAGGGUCCUUCACGUUCCAGUUUCAGGCUGGUUCGAGCUCAGGGACCGUGGUCCCGCGGCCUCCUCCGGUUGUUGUGCGGAAGCUGCCACGCAGGCAGACCAUGGCAGAGUUCUCCCAGAAACGGGGGAAGCGGCGUGGCGACGAGGGGCUGGGCAGCAUGGUGGACUUCCUCCUGGCCAAUGCCCGCCUGGUGCUGGGCGUGGGCGGGGCUGCUGUGCUGGGCAUUGCCACCCUGGCCGUGAAGCGGUUCAUUGACAGGGCCACUAGCCCACGGGACGAGGAUGACACCAAGGGAGACAGCUGGAAGGAACUGAGCCUGCUCAAGGCCACACCACACCUGCAGCCCCGGCCUCCACCUGCUGCCCUCAGCCAGCCAGUGUUGCCCUUGGCCCCCUCGCCCUCUGCCCCAGAGGGGCCUGCAGAAACUGGUCCUGAGGUGACACCACAGCUCAGCUCCCCAGCACCGCUGUGUCUGACACUGCAGGAGAGGCUGCUGGCCUUCGAGCGGGACCAUGUGACCAUCCCAGCAGCCCAGGUGGCUUUGGCCAAACAGCUGGCUGGCGACAUUGCCCUGGAGCUGCAGGCCUACUUUCGGAGCAAGUUCCCGGAACUGCCCUUUGGGGCAUUUGUGCCUGGGGGGCCGCUGUAUGAUGGGCUGCAGGCAGGGGCCGCGGACCAUGUGCGUCUCCUGGUGCCACUGGUGCUGGAGCCAGGCCUAUGGAGCCUGGUGCCGGGCGUGGACACUGUGGCAAGGGACCCUCGCUGCUGGGCCGUGCGCAGGACUCAGCUUGAGUUCUGCCCCCGCGGGAGCAGCCCCUGGGACCGCUUCCUGGUCGGGGGCUACCUCUCUUCCCGCAUCCUGCUGGAGCUACUCCGCAAGGCGCUGGCUGCCUCUGUCAACUGGCCGGCCAUUGGCAGCCUUCUUGGGUGCCUGAUCUGGCCCAGCAUGGCCUCAGAGGAGCUGCUGCUCGAGGUGCAGCACGAGCGCCUGGAGCUCACCGUGGCUGUGCUUGUGGCAGUCCCUGGGGCCGAUGCUGACGACCGCCUCCUCUUGGCCUGGCCCCUGGAGGGGCUGGCGGGGAACCUCUGGCUGCAGGACCUGUAUCCAGUGGAGGCUGCAAGGCUGCGAGCCCUGGACGACCAUGACGCUGGGACCCGCCGACGGCUGCUGCUGCUGCUGUGUGCUGUCUGCCGUGGCUGCUCGGCUCUGGGGCAGCUGGGCCGGGGUCACCUGACCCAGGUGGUCCUGCGUCUGGGGGAGGACAAUGUGGACUGGACGGAGGAGGCCUUGGGUGAGCGCUUCCUGCAAGCCCUGGAACUGCUCAUCGGCAGCCUGGAGCAGGCCAGCCUGCCCUGCCACUUCAACCCCAGCGUGAACCUCUUCAGCAGCUUGCGUGAGGAGGAGAUUGACGACAUUGGCUAUGCGCUGUACAGUGGCCUACAGGAGCCUGAGGGGCUGCUCUAGGUGGGUGGGAACGGGUGGCUGGCGUGUUUUCUAAUGCUGGGAAGCUGCACCCACCUCCCUUCCGGGGAUUUGAAUAGUGGUUUUUCUCUAGCUUUUAGCCAGAACAAAAGAGGGUACAUUACUUAAACCCAGGGCAUCGGGAUGUGCUUGGGCUAUGGUGGCCGUAAACCCUGAGCCCAGAGAGCUUAGGUCACUGUCACCUGAGUACGGCUGGGCUGGCUCAGGCAGCUUGGAGUGCCAGCCAUUUCUGCAAGCACCUUUUCAGCCCUUGGGGCCAACCCCAGGACCUUGGCUGUGUCCAUCACCAGCAACCAAUCCACCGACAGAAUGUGGUUUCUGCCAUCCUGGGCAGAAGCUAAAGGCCAACUUCACAUUUCUGCUGAGAGAAGGCGACUUACCGCCUUCUCCGGCCCCAGCUCCAGGCGUUUUGAGGCCUCUGGUGCCUGGUGGUAGGUAUGGUGUGUUUGUUCUGUCCCCCGGGCGCUGGAGUCACCUGGUGUCCCUGAAUGACAGCUUUUUGGCUGUUAAAGGAUGGCGUUUUCCUGCUGUCUUCUGUGCGUUUAGUUUUCUUGUGUUCUCGAGCCCUGGAGCAGGAGCUCAGUGUGACUUGCUACCCACCUGAUACCUCAGGGCAAGGCCCUUUUUCCCUCCAGCCAGGUGAGUGUUUUCUUCAAGCAGCUGAGGGCCCUGGGG